GCUGCUGCUGAUGACAGAGCGCCGAGGCUGAGAGGAUGGAGAGCGCGCUCGCAGCUGCCCAGUCUCUCUAAUACAGCGCCUUUAACAGCGCCUCUUCAUAAGGAUGGACGGUAAUGUCUUCCCCGACCAAGAGCAGCUGCUGGUUUUCCUGAAAAAGCUCAAAGAAGUGUUCGACGUGUGCGACGAGGACGCAGACGGAUAUAUCCGUGUUGAGCACUUCGUGGACCUCGGUCUACAGUUCGGCCAAGGAGAUGAAGUGAAGAAGUUUGCCAAGUACUUGGAUCCCAAUGCUCAUGGCAGAAUUAACUUCAAAGAUUUCUGUCAUGGAGUGUUUGCAAUGAAAGGCUGUGAGGAGAUCCUGAAAUCAGCUCUUGGGACCCCCAACAUCAGUGCGCAGCCAUACCAGACGGACAAUGGCUACUACUAUCAGCACGGGGAGGGGAGUCUGGGACCCCCGAUCAUUGUGUGCACGCGGCCGUACCCAGAGUGCCAGCUGUAUUCUGAUGAGGAAGCAAUGGGCGGACGGGACGUGCAGGAGGCAGACAUGGACAGUGCAGGAGACAGCGGGGCAGGAUCUGAAUCUUCUGAAGGAGGACGUCAUGAUGAUAAAGAAGGAGGACUGGGUGGACUCUUUCUACGAGGAAACAACUGUGGACAGAUGGUGUCCUCGGCAGCCGCUUCAGUAAUCUCAGUGGAGGAGCAGUUUGAGGACUAUGGAGAGGGAGAAGAUGUGGAUUUCACUCCUAGCAGCCCCAUCCCUGAUGAUGACACACGCACCAAUGGUUUCUCUGACUUGGGCUCCUCUCUGCCCUCCAGUGCUGGUCAGACCCCUCAGAAGAUCAGGCACCUGUACAACAGUGAGCUUCUGGAUGUUUACUGCUCUCAGUGCUGCAAGAAAGUCAACCUGCUCAAUGACCUAGAGGCCAGACUCAAGAACCUCAAAGCUAACAGCCCAAACAGGAAAAUUUCCAGUACAGCAUUUGGUCGUCAGCUCUUCCACCACAGUAACUUCAGCAGCAGUCAGGGAAGCACAGAGGACCUGUUCAGAGACAGCAUCGACUCCUGUGACAUUGACAUCACUGAGAAGGUGAGUUAUUUGGAAAAGAAGAUAACAGAGCUUGAGAACGACAGUCUGGCUAAUGGAGAUCUGAAAUCCAAACUUAAACAGGAAAACACACAACUAGUUCACAGGGUACAUGAGCUGGAGGAGCAGAUCAAAGAUCAGGAGACGCGUGCAGAGCAAUGUCUAGAGGAGGAGCUGAAGAGACACAGAGAGGCCUACAGUAAGAUGGAGAGAGACAAGAGUACUGAGAUUGAAAUGCUUAGUAACAGGGUCCAGCAGCUAGAAGAGGAGAACGCAGAGAUGAAAGUGAAUGUGUGCAGACUCAAGUCUCAAACUGAGAAACUGGACCAGGAGAAGCAACGUAUGACAGAUAAACUGGAAGACACAAGCCUGCGUUUGAAGGAUGAGAUGGAUCUUUACAGGAAAAUGAUGGAUAAACUUUGGCAGAACAGACACGAGUUUCAGAAGGAGCGAGAGGCCAUGCAAGAGUUGAUUGAGGACCUGCGGCGUGAACUGGAGCAUCUACAGCUCUUUAAACUGGAGACUGAGAAGCCUGGCCGUGGCCGUAACACCACAGGACUGUCCGAGUACAACGCCAAGACUCGAGAGAUUGAACUGGAGCACGAAGUAAAACGGCUUAAGCAGGAAAACCAUAAACUCAGAGACCAGAACGAUGAUCUGAACGGACAGAUUCUCAGCCUCAGCCUUUACGAGGCUAAAAACCUGUUCGCAUGUCACACCAAGGCCCAGUCACUGGCAGCAGAGAUAGACAAUGCCUCCAGAGAUGAGCUGGUUGAAGCUUUGAAAGAACAAGAGGAGAUCAACUUCCGUUUAAGGCAGUAUAUGGACAAGAUCAUCCUGGCUAUCCUCGACCACAACCCCUCCAUUUUAGAGAUCAAGCAUUAGGUUCCUGAGAGCGGAUAGAAGACUCACACUCAGCAGAGAGCUCCCCCUUCAGGCCAGGGGUGUGAAAUGCACCGCUUCUGCCCCCUUACACCAAGUCAUCAUGUAUUUACAGAGCAAGUCGCUGUCGAAAUAAUCGUGUCUCUCAUGUGCUCCGUCUCACACACAUCGGUCACGGUGUCUGUCACUACUCAUUGUCAUCACGCUGUGCGUUUAGGCUGUAGAAAUGACAAAAACAAGUGAUGAAACUGGAAUCUAGAGUAGAAGUGUACUUUUCACUCAGUUAUAUACACACUACCUCUGAGUAUGUACAACUCAGUGUUGUAUUCUACACAUGAAUAAAACAAGUAGAAUUAUAUUAAAUAUCACACGAUCACGCCAUAUAAGAGAGCUGUACGUGCACCCUAUGGCAUGUGGGGUUUAUUAAUAUUAUUUGAGCAUUUAAUCAGCCCUCAAGAAUUUUUUUUAUAAAGUGCUGUUUGCCUAUGAAGCCUCUGAACAAUCCAGCACUGAAUCAAUGGACAGAGCAUUAGAAAGACAUACUGUAAUCAGCAGAUGAGUAAACUUCUUUUAAAUGUUCUCUGCCAACAUUGAAAAAUUAAUAAAAUCAUGUCAGUCCAUCCCAACAUACACUGCUGUUAAUGGCUGAUUGAUAAUGGCUUUUAGUUGGGCUGAAGUGAUCUUACAGCUUCUAACUAAUGGGUCUGUAUUGACCAUCAGCAUCCUUUGACUGAGGGGUCACAAGUAGAGAAGCACAAGUGAACUAUGUGAGUACAGGCCACACAGUUGUACAAUAUAGUAUAUACGUAUAGAAAGAAAACUAUUGAAAAUGUGAAAAAGAAAGCUUUAUUUUUCUUAGAAGUUUGGAUGAAAUGGUCCACUGAGGUUUAAGGAAGGGGUGGACGUUACACAUAAUGAGUGAGAGGUACAUGAUUAUAAUAUAAUGAAGUCUUCUUGUUUAACAAGAACUACAAAAGCCUCCAAAUUAUGGCCAUAAUACAGUCUGAAUAAAAUAUUAAGAUCAUGGACAAUGUCUCUACUAGAACAAUGCAUUGUCUAAAUUCAAAUAUAUGCAAAUCCAAUAUAUACUAUUAUAUAGUAUAAUAGUAUGUAAUACAUACUAUUUUAUAUAUAUAUAUAUAUAUAUAUAUAUACACUACUGUUAAAAAGUUUGGGGUCAGUAAGAUUUAUUUUAAACAAAUAAAUUCAGCAAGGAUGCAUUAAAUAGAUCAAAAGUGACAGUAAAGACAUUUGUAAUGUUACAAAUGAGUUCGGUUUCAAAUAAAUUCUGCUUUUUAAACAUUCUAUUCAUCAAGAAUCCACAAAAUGUUUCUUGUGAAGAAAAUCAGCAUAUUAGAAUGAUUUCUGAAGGAUCAUGUGACACUGAAGACUGAAAACUGUAUUUAUUAUCAAAUAAAAUGCAGCCUUGGUGAGAAAAAGACACUUCUUUCAAAAAUAUAAAAUCUUACUGAUCUUAAACUUAAUUUUUUUUUUUUUUUUUUUUCACUUGGACGAUAUUGUACAUCAGUGCCAUGGGUAAAGGAAGCUGCACAUUUAAUAAAAGUGCGUGAACUGUACAUCCCAUGAAUGUAUCACUAUGCCACAUGCCACAGUAUUCUGUAUUCCCAUAUUCCCAUUUUCCAGAUUUAGCUAGUCAGCUACUAUGUGAAUCAGUAUUUUAAAUUCUUGUGUAGUUUGGGAAAGGAGCCAAUACUGCUACAUGCUCGAUUGUCACAAACUAGUUUUGCUUUGUUGCACAAAUUGUACUGAAUCUGUUCCUUUGCAUGGUCUUAAUCUCUUUCUGUUUGUGCCCUUUAUUUGGAAUGUAACAAUUAAUGUUUCGGUUGUUUCAAUAACUAUUAAUCUGAUCGAUUAUAGAGGAACUUUUAUAUCUUUCUGUUCUCUUUGUGUUGUAGCAUUUUUCACUCAUUGUAAAUGUUGUACAGAAACUAGUUAAUAUUUGUAUUGAUGUGCCACUCAUCAACCUUAAUGAAUAAAGGAAAGGCUGUCUUUUA